AUGGCUUCCUCAAGUAAGUCGGACCCUGUUGGCCACCGCCGUGAGGGCGCCCGCUCGACUCCUCCUUUGCUCUCUAUUCAAACCGCCGGCACCGCCGCCUUGGGCCUAGGCGAACACGUUGCAGCCAGGUUCAAGGCUAGAGGCCCGUUCAGCGCGAACAAACUCUCUCCAACACUAGACGCUGGACACUCCAACUCGCUGGACUCGCUGGCCUCGCCGUCCGAGAGCGCCAGCCCAGUAGCUAGCGCCCUCGACGACGCCACCAGACAGCCCAGACAACCCAGACAGUCUUCGUCCAUGCGCAUGGGAAAGACCAAGUCCAAGUCAAAGUCGAGACUGGACCGCUUCUCCUCCUUCUUCCCGUCACUGAUCAGUUCCCAACCCGCAGAUACCUCUACCUCCGCUGCCACUGGCCCGUCAGACCACCGAAAGCCCAUCACUACUCCCCUUCCACCUCCUCCUGUCCCUCCCGUCCCUCCUGUCCCAGACAGGGCGCCAACUCUACCGCCCGGGGCUGCUGCCGAUUCGGCGGGCCUUGGUACGACAUUCGACACUCCGACCGACAGCCAGUUCGCCGCCGAUGUGCAAAAAGUCCACACCAGAAACUCGUCCAGCAUCAGCGUCUCCGGUGCCAGCAUGGGGAGGUUAAGGAAGGCCGCUCCCGCGCAGCAGGCGCCCCCUUUACCCCCCAAGAUAAUGACCCCUCCACCACCCUCAGAGAUACACCUGCCGGACUCCAAGCCAUCGCCGCGCUUGAGGAAAGAGCAGCCAAAACGCAGGAGCAGCUCCUUCAACAGCCAUGCUCCUUCCGCUACCUACGCAAUCCAUACGAGCCAUACGAGAAGCCAGUCCGGGUUGAUGCCGCAGCAAGGCUCGCCGCCUUUGGAACCCAGGGGUCGAAGUUCGUCCGCGCAACCCCCGGGUGGCCCGGGGCCCGCCCCAGGAAACCGCAUGGUCUCUGCCGCUGCGGCUGCCGUGCCGCGGCCCAGUUCGAGCAACGAAAGCCAUAGUCCGACUCGGGAUAGCCAAACGCGUGGAAGACUGAGGCGGAGUUGGCUACCGGGGGGAAGAUCAAGGUCUCAGUCGCGAACCCGAGAAUCUACCAACACAAAACACGCCUCGCCAGCCUGGAUUUUGGGGCAGGAUGUCGACUACAACACUACCUUACUCGCCAAUGGCGAGAAAGUCCCCGAACUCUGGAGCGAGAUGGGCGACAUUCUUGUCUACCUCGAUCCGAAGGGAAGCGGCGGGGGCCCCUCUUUCAAGGUCCCCUCCUUUGUUAUCGACUACUCCCUGGUGUUCGCCGACUUGAUCGAAGCUGAGGUGAGCGGAUCACCGACAAGCUCAGGGCACACCCUCAGCUUCCCAGGCCGAGACAACCUGUCCGCCAUGGAUGCCAUGUCGCCGCCCUUAUCUCCACCCAUACCUGAAUCGCGAUCCGCGGUCGAAACACCGCUCUACAUUCCUGUGUCCAUGUCCACGCCGGAGCACAGGUCAGAGGCCGAUUUGGAUCGCAUGAUAUCCAUCCGCAACCUGUUUGCCUUCCUCACAGGGCAACCGUUAGUAGCCACCAAGGCACAGCCCACCCUAUUCACCGUGGUCAUCAACAUCGCCGCUCUCCUCAAGGAAUUCGAAUUCACGAACCAUGAUGGCUCAACGUUUGGCGACGCUGUGGAAAUGAGUUUCAGCUUCUUCAUGGAGCAGAUGGCCCUGGCGGAUGUGAGACACAGCCGAGAAAAAACACUGGAGUCUCUCAUUAUGGGUGAGCGGAUGCGCUCAAUGGAGUUGUACAACGAGGCCUUUGCGCAUGCCGUGGGCAAGUACUCGGCCAUGCGAGACCUCAAAUCGCCCCUAUGGGAACAAGUCCUUCCGAGUACUCGCCUACGGCUCGAACGCGCCCAUUUCGACCUCGUGGGACGUCAAGCUAGCGUAAACAAUCGGCUCGAGUCGUUCGAUUUCCCUGCCAUAUUCUCCGGGGUUGCGAAUUCGACAUCACUCACAGAGUACAAGGACGUCAAGUUCGGCACAUGGAGGAAGUCCUACGGCCGUAUGAGACAUUUUGUGCUCAACUACUACAAAGCAAACUUUGGAAGCUGGCCCCCGAAGGCUCGUAGCAAGAAGAACCCCUUCACGGAGAGCGGCCUGAACCGACAGGUUUUGAAAAUACUGUAUUCGGAUCUCUGCGCGCUUUAUGAUCUGCUUGUCGACCGAAAAAACCUGACGACUCGGGCGAUAGACAAGGACGCUAAUGAUAUCGGCACCGAUCAUACAAAUCCUCACGCUUCGGCAAUGCGAAGAGUCUUGACCGAAUUCGAUCAGUCCUCGCCGCCCGUACUGCCACCUAUACCAUUCGAUCUCCCCAUGUUGCCGGACAUGACGAGUGUCAAGGAAAACUACCACGCCCUUCCUGCAAAGGAGCAGGCUCGGUUGGCCAAAGGUUUGCAAGAGUACCAGAUGCUUCUCAUCCUGAACAAGGCGUAUGACUUUGAGACAUACAAGCUACGUAUUCCGUUCCUCGAGGAAUUUAAAGACUUUGAAAACAAGGAGGCCAAGGGCAAGACGGCGGCGGAAAUGGCAGAGCAGCGCCUCGGCUAUUGGCUCUUCCUCUACGUGGUCAUACAGUCUUUGCCCAUCCUCGUGGUCGACGCCCCUGGUCUGAAGUUCACGGAAGGCGUCGAAUACUUCCUGUGCCAGCCGCCAAAGGGCUCACCGCCGUGGAUAGAGGACGCGCCGGCGGUGCGCAAGAGGUGGUACGAAGUUGCCGGAGGAGGGGGCCUGGUGGAGCUCUCGACCGAUGCUGUCGAGUUCAGUGUCGAGGGUGUCUACCACAGGAGUCACUGCUGGAUGGCGGCGAAACGUUGGGAAAUGGGAGAGGAUGCGCCUCCACCAGCGCCGCACGAGAGCCUCUCACCGCUGCAGGCGCCCCAGUCCGUCUUCACAGACAUGGAUCCCAGCAUAUCGCCCAGCCCGACCCUCAUGGGCCGCAGCGCCUCUCCGUCGUCGAUCCCUCCGGGGGGCGCUCUCAGGCCAAGAACGGACUCGCCUGGUGGGCGGCAGUCGAUGUAUCGGAGCAGCAUCGCCUUCGGGCUGGAGCCGGUGCCCAUGAUGCCCGAGAGGCCGCACUCGCGCGUUUAUAGCGCCAGGGGGGUUUCCCCCGGCCAGCGGCGCCCGUCGAGUGCCAUGAUGGGCCGCAGCCGGUCGUCGGGCAACCUGCACGGUAUGGCGGUAGCAUCUCCGGUGCAGGGCCAAGCGCCCGACUCACGUGCCAGCUCGCGGCAGGACUCGCUUCAAGGUGGCAGCACAUUCGACGACAUCCUGAAGGGCGUGGAGAAGCCCAAGAAGAAGAAGGGCCUUUUCUGA